ACGUUUUAGCUUUACACUCCAGUCAAAACGUCAGCAUUUUCUCCGCCGGUAGUGUUCGUCUUUGCAACGAUAACAGAAAAUGCAGUGCUCGAAAGAUGGUGUUCGUAUUUGCCGUACGACAUUCCGUUCAGGCAGAUGGUUGUGGGCCCGCCACGCUUCCACCAAGUUAUUUGUUGGAGGACUUUCCUAUGAUACUAAUGAAGCUGUUCUAAAGGAUGCUUUUGGACGACAUGGCGAGAUAAUUGAAGCAGUUAAAGUUAUAUGUGAUCACGUCAGUGGAAGAUCAAAAGGGUACGGGUUUGUGCGGUUCACUUCUGAAACUACUGCCACCAUAGCUCUAAAAGAAAUGGAUGGUCAGAUGUUGGAUGGCAGAAAUAUCCGUGUGCAUUAUGCACACCGGGGGUAGCAACUUGGAUCUCAGGUACAAGCACUUUGAGGCAUGGAGGAAGGUUGGGACUCAGUUCCGCUAACAUUUUGUGGCUCUUGCCAUGAGAUUAAUUGAUGAAGCUAUAAGCUAUCUCAUCUGUUGGGUGAACUGUCAUGGUUGCAUCUCCAAGUCUUCAUGUGUUUCAGAAGUAAAUGAGAAGCUGGAUGCUGCUAAAGGUUUACUCAAUUCAGCGGACUUGCUGCUGGAUCCUAUACAUGUGACAGCCUUGGCAUAUUGUUAACUACAAACAAACAAACCUGUUUCUUAAAGAGACACUUUCAAGAGGAUGAAUUUUUUCCAUCGUUUUUGAGGAUUUUAGAAUUUGGAGUGUCAAAUCUCCCUGUGCUGACAGUUUAUCUGUUUAUGGAAGUGGUUUAUCAAUAAUUCCUAAAUUGUCCAUUUUAGCUUAAGGGUUGAGCACAUAAAGGGCUCUAAGGUUUUUGAAAGUUUUAUAUAAUAUUUUGCAUUUA